GGAUAUAUAGGCAGGGGAUGCUUGCCACUCUCCAGACUGGCUCCCGGUGAGGGCAUGAAGAGCUGCUUGAGAGCAGGCAAGAGAGCCAGGCUGUUACAUCUCAUACAGGGUACCACAGGUGAGGGACUGCAGGAGAAUUGGUGACUUAUUGUCCUGAAGAGGAUUUUUUAAAUUUUUUUUUAUUCAGUCUGGUGAGGUCUUUUUUUAAAAUCGAGUCUAGUUGGUGUACAAGUUUGGAUUGUUGUUUAAUGAUUGAUUACAAAGACUGCAUUUUCUUUAGAUAUUAUCAAUCUACUUGCUUCCAAGUGGUGGAUUCUCUGCAGUUCAAGUGAGGGGCAGACUUGUUCUUCAAGUUUUUAAAUGGUGGAGCAGAGACGUUCCAGAGUUCAGUGUUGGUUAUUGUUGACCAGGGACGCUGCUAUUUGGAUCACACGGUGGGUCGUCCAUGUUAGGCAGUAGAUUGGACAUUGAUCCAUCGUGUGGUUUGGUCAGAGCAAAGCAGACCGGAGGAAAACGGGUCAGUGGUCCACUAAUCUGAGAAACAAUUAACUUGUCCUCUCUGCCCCUUAUCUCCUAAUCCCAAUCCCUGUUUAAUUAAAACUGUGAGGAUGACAUCAAAAACCUUGUUGGGAUGACUUGGAAUUCCUUUUUGGGAGAACACUGAUAGAAACUUGAAGAACCUUGCAAGGCCUUGCUCUGAACUCUGAGUGUUAGUAGGUGUGUCCUUUUUGUUUUUAUUUUCCGUGAUGACAUUUCAACUCUCUACACGAUGCAACGGCAGCCAGAUCAGUUCAUUUCAUCUGCUUCAGUAACAGUGCAUUGUUAGACUCCCCUCUGAAUGGGAAGAUAUCAGAAUCAGUUAAACUAAGUGCAGCUGGACAAAUAAACAACAUUAGGCUGUGAGUGGAAUGGCCAGAUGGAAUAGAUCCCUGCACACACCAACAUUAUUUCUGGACAUUGCUGAAACAAUUCUUUCCACGCACCACUCUGAAUACAACUCAAUCACCCGGUGGGCGAGCAGUGGACAGCCAUGUUGCUUACUCUGGCAUCCAACAGCCAUGUCAUUUCCUAUGGCUGGAUCCAGACUACUCACUCAUUGUUAUUUUAAUUUGAGUUAUUUAAUCAUUUCAUGAUUUGUUUUGUUUUUCUUUCAACCCUUUUGUACUGGUCCGUUCUACACAAAACGCCAUCACGCAACGCUAUCCUGUUGUCAUGCCAACCUACCCUUCCACUCCAUCACCAUUCCCCAUUCCUUGUUCUGAUUGGUCCUUCCAAUUCUUACUUCCCUGUUGGCCCUGCUCCUUGCCUCGCCCCUUUCCACUCCAAAUGCAUGUUCCUUCCUGGUUGGAGAUUGCAGAGUGCACUGUAGCCCCAGUAGCAAUGGAGGACAGUGACCAUGAGGCUCACUCAUCAUCGGAUGACCUGGACUCCGCCCCGCCAUCCCCUGGCCACACCAGGGACCACCACCAUGAGCCCGAACAGCACUCAAGCCAUUCCAAGGACGAUUCUGAAGACUCUGAGUUGGAGAACAUCAUGCAACAAGACCCCUACCACAGCGGGGACCACCCUCACCCGCCUCUGGGUGGCUAUGAGCACAGCCCGGACCAUGAGCACUCCCACCCGGUGGACAGGGAGGCGGAGGGUGGCGACACCCCCGGGACGCCCACCUUUUUGCGGCCCCCCACGGCGGGUGGCAGGGCCCAGUCAGACAACCAGGGCGUAGGGAGGCUGCAGUUGGGUGGAUGUGGAAUGGUGGAUCACUAUGACAUGCAGUCUCCCCUCAGUCCCACCAGGCCCAAGAGCCCCUGGGGACGCUUUGACCCCUACGACUUUCCAGAGGACCAAGACAAGGACUAUGUGGGCUUUGCAACGCUGCCAAACCAGGUGCACCGUAAGUCUGUCAAGAAGGGCUUUGACUUCACCCUGAUGGUAGCAGGGGAGUCUGGUCUGGGCAAGUCCACCCUGGUCAACAGCCUCUUCCUCACAGACCUCUACAAGGACAGGAAGCUACUCAACGCUGAGGAGCGGAUCACUCAGACAGUGGAGAUCACUAAACACACAGUGGACAUUGAGGAGAAGGGCGUCAAGCUGAAGCUCACCAUUGUAGACACACCUGGCUUUGGAGACGCUGUCAAUAACACUGAAUGGAAGUCAGUGGCGGACUACAUCGACCAGCAGUUUGAGCAGUACUUCAGGGACGAGAGUGGACUGAACAGGAAGAACAUCCAAGAUAACAGAGUCCACUGCUGCCUCUACUUCAUCUCUCCCUUCGGACACGGUCUGAGGCCUCUGGAUGUGGAGUUUAUGAAGGCCCUUCAUGAGAAGGUCAACAUUGUGCCCAUCCUGGCCAAGGCAGAUACACUCACACCCACCGAGGUCAAGAAAAAGAAAUUCAAGAUCCGAGAGGAGAUCCAGCAGUAUGGGAUUAAGAUCUACCAGUUCCCAGACUGUGACUCUGAUGAGGAUGAGGACUUCAAACAGCAGGAUCAGGAACUCAAGGACAGUAUACCGUUUGCGGUGAUCGGCAGCAACACGGUGGUGGAGGCCAAAGGCAAGAGGGUCCGGGGUCGUCUUUAUCCCUGGGGCAUCGUGGAAGUGGAGAACUCGGCGCACUGUGACUUUGUGAAGCUGAGGAACAUGUUGGUGAGGACACACAUGCAGGACCUGAAGGAUGUGACACGGGAGACCCACUAUGAGAACUACAGGGCUCACUGCAUUCAGAGCAUGACCCGCAUGGUGGUGAAGGAACGCAACCGCAAUAAACUAACCAGGGAGAGCGGCACAGACUUCCCGAUCCCUGUGAUACCAAGUACCACAGACACAGAGACGGAGAAGCUAAUCCGAGAGAAAGACGAAGAGUUGCGGCGAAUGCAAGAGAUGCUCACAAAGAUCCAGGAACAGAUGCACACGCAAAAGGAGGCCUAUUAACCAAGUCCACUACUAGGGUGGGUACCACUCUUACUCUAGUCCACAAACAUUGUCUACUCCAGCUCAUCCAACCCCAACAGCCACCACUCCUCAUUUAGUCAAUAACCCUCACUAUCAGAGACUGAUCCAAGACCAGGCAUGAGGCAUUCAGACAGGAGGUGGCAUGGUGAGAACUUUCUUCUUCUAACAACAUGGAAGCCUUGCGUCUCCACACCUGUUGUGGAAACUCUAACGGUAACAACGGGCACCCCUGUCAGGUGCCAUUGCUAGAGCACAACGCCGGUCCGCACAGCACAGACCUAACCACCUGCUUGUCCUUACAGGGUUACGGCCGGGUCCUCCCUGCCUGCCUUCCACCCAUAGUUUAUAUGUGGUCUUGUCAAAAGAUAACUUUUUGCCUUCCAGUUUGUGGCUAAUGUUCCUUGAUGUUUCUCCUUAGUGAACUCUAACCCCUGACAAAGGGGUAGACUGUAGAGCAUGUGUUGUCCUGUCCCUCUGCUAGGUGUUUGAAAGUUUAUAUUGUAACAAGUUUAGAUGUGUGGUCUUAACCAACCUAGACAAGGUAUAUUUUGAGGGAGGUUGGCCUGCCAGAUUUGUAUUUUUUUUGUCAUGCACAAUUUUUCCCCAUGAGCAUUUUUAAAAGGUCAAUACUGUAGAUGGGCAUACAUAUCAAAUGUAAAUCUUUUUUUUACUACAAUUACAGGAUUGCAUCUGUCACUUGUAAUUAUUUUAUUUGCAUUGCUACACAGAAUAGCGAGAAAUUCCUUGUGGAAUGAAUGACAAAUGUUACUGAAGUACUGUUGUGUUUUUGGACAGAUGUAUGUUAAUAGGGCUAAUUAGUUUCCUUCGUUUCCAGUUCCAGCAUGCUUAAACAUGGGUUGUUCAUUCUUGUAUUUUACUGAAAAGGAAACCCACUACUUACUGUUCUGAUAUCUGUAAUGAUAGAUUGAGAGUUUGCUGGAAUAUUGUUGACUUGCAGCUCUCCAGGGACGUGUUCAAACUUUUCGCAGCGAAAACCAAAAUGUGUGUUCUUAGACCGGGAUUCAAUCCGAUUAUAGACAUUGACUUUUAAAGGCAAUUUCAGAUUGAGCUGACAUGCACAUUUACGUGAUAGGAUCUCCGCGAACGUGGGGAACAUUGCCUUUAAAACCCGAGAUCGGACUGAAUCCCGGCCCGAAUGGACAAGUUCAGGCAGUAACUCCCCGUAGAAUUUUUAAUUUGUUUUACUGAACUCACCCAAAAGGAGAAAAGAGCAGGCUUGAGCUACUUAUGUGCCAGCCAAGAGACGCUGGCCUGGGGACCAAGCAGACAGGAUAAGGCCCUUAUUCUGCCGGAUGUCAGGGGUUAGAGAAUGACCGGAUCGCCUCGUAUGUUAUAGAUGUCUGACAUAGCAAGCCUUCAUUCAUGGGUUGAUAUACUCCUUAGACUUGAUGUUGAUUGUGGACAGGAAGUAUGCACGUACACUUGAAGUACAUUAAGUAGAUAUGUUUGAGUGGAUGGUUUUGUUAUAGUGCAGUCAAAGCAAGAAAUGAUGUAAUUACUUAUCAUUUAGGUAUUUUCCACUCCCACGUUUCCCCACAAGAAUUUUGGCUUUAAACAAUUUUUGUUAAGAUGAAUAGUUCUGUAUUUAUUUUCCUCAGGUGCAAAUAUGAGGUCAUUCACAAGGAACAAGUCAUGAGUGAUAUAAAGAUACAUGUUUUAGAUUUGUAUGAAUAUGCCAGAAAAAUUGGUUUCAAUGAGAAUAAAAUAUUAUUUCAGAUGUA